CCGGCUUGCCAAUCAUGCAGGCGGACGAGGCGCUGGAAUCGCGGUGGGGCACGAGCGAUUUUCCCCAACCAGACGCCACGGUGCUGUGGCCGCACAAGAGCAUCAGCGAACACCGCAGCAUGCCGUUCGAGACGCGGUCGGCCAAGCCCAACAACGAUGAACGGGCCAAGCUGUCAACUGAGGACAAGGGCAAGGCGCCAGAUGCGAGCUACCCAGCCGGACCUCGGGUGCAGGCUCGGGCGAACAGGGACCGCCUGGAGGCGCUCUGGAGGUUGAGCGCCUCCCACGGCAUCUCGUGGGACGAGCUCGACGCGGAGUUCGUCAGAUGGGCGCGAGAAGGCAAGCAGGCCCACGCCGACUGGGCGAGGCACUCCGCGGAGGGCGGCGUCCUCGCCGCCAGGCAGAAGGAGCGGGCACUGGCUCUGGCCGAGGCCAAGAUCCGGAGGUUCCUGCCCCCGGAGGCCGAGCCGAUGGACCGCUUCCCCUCUCGGACCAAAAGGCUCGCCACCCGCUACUACACGAAGAUGAAGAAGCAGUGGUUCGCGCCUUGGCGCCCAGGCGAGCUGACAAAGGACAUGAGGACGCUCGUCGCCGACAGGAUGUUGAGGCGCGAGGCCAGGGAGCGCGCGCAGCGGCUCAGUACUGAGGAUGCGUAG